AUGUCAUCGUCGAAUGAUGCAGCUACUAAUAGUUUUGAGAUUUUCCAGCAAAAACUCGAUGCUCAAACAAAUGCAGAUAAACUUGCAAAAUGUACAAUCGAUCUACGAAAUACACGAAUUGAUCCAUGUGAAGAUUCAUCAACUAUACCUGAAUUAUUUGUCAUUACAUUGAUUUAUAAGAACAAAAAUUAUGAUGCAUAG